CGAUCAGACCGAACUAGCAGCUUCCACUGAGAAAGUCCAGCUACAGGGAAAAAAAGUGGAAAACUCCAACACUGCUGCUGACGCUCCACACACUGAAUCUUCACUCACAAACUCAAUGGCUUCCAGAUCAGAGGAGGAUCUCUGCUGUCCGGUCUGUCAGGAGGUCUUUACAGAUCCUGUUCUUCUGUCAUGUAGCCACAGCUUCUGUAAAGACUGUCUGAAGAGAUGGUGGAGAGAGAGAGUAAAACAUGAAUGUCCAGUGUGUAAGAGGAGAUCUUCAAGAGAAGAACCAACAUUAAAUCUGGCUUUAAAGAAUCUGUGUGAGUCGUUCUUACAGGAGAGAGAUCAAAGAGCGUCAAAGUCUCUCUGCAGUCUGCACUCUGAGAAACUCAAACUCUUCUGUCUGGACCAUCAGCAGCCAGUGUGUGUCGUCUGCAGAGACUCAGAAAAACACACCAAUCACAGAUUCAGACCCAUCGAUGAAGCUGCACAACAACACAAGAAGGAACUUCAGGAAACUCUGGAGCCCUUAAAGGAGAAGUUAAAGAUUUGUGAAGAAGUUCAAGUGAAGUUUGGUCAAACAGCAGAACACAUUAAGGUCCAGGCCCGACACACAGAGAGGCAGAUUAAGGAGCAGUUUAAGAAGCUUCACCAGUUUCUAGCAGAUGAAGAGGAGGCCAGGCUGGCUGCACUGAGGGAGGAAAUAGAGCAGAAGAGUGGGAUGAUGAAGGAGAAGAUGGAGGCUCUGAGCAGAGAAAUAGCAGCUCUUUCAGACACAGUCAGAGCCACAGAGGAGGAGCUGAGAGCUGAGGACAUCUCAUUUCUACACAACUACAAAGCUGCAGUGGAAAGAGUCCAGCACUGUUCACUGCUGGAUGAUCCACAGCUGCCCUCAGGAGCUCUGAUAGACCAGGCCAAACACCUGGGCAACCUAACCUUCAACAUCUGGAACAACAUGAAGGACAUGGUCUCCUACACUCCUCUCAUUCUGGACCCAAACACUGCUCAUCCACAACUCAUCCUGUCUGAUGAUCUGACCAGUGUGAGAGGAGGAGAGAGGCAGCAGCUUCCUGAUAAUCCAGAGAGGUUUGAUUUUUUGUGGUCUGUCCUGGGCUCUGAGGGCUUUAACUCAGGGACUCACAGCUGGGAUGUCGAGGUUGGAGACAAUACGUACUGGGGACUGGGCGUGUUAGCAGAAUCUGAUGAGAGGAAAGGAACCACACUGUCUGGAUUAUGGAGAAUAAGAUUUAAUUCCGGUGAAUACUCAGCACUGUCACCAUCAGCUCCACCCACUGUUCUCUCAGAACAGAAGACGUUCCAGAGGAUCAGAGUGAAUCUGGACUGGAACAGAGGAAAGCUGUCGUUCUCUGAUCCUGAUACUAACACACACAUACACACCUUCACACACACUUUUACUCAUAAGAUGUUUCCUUAUAUUGGCACUCUGGAUGAUAAAUUGAAGGUGUUGCCUUUGAAAGUGUCAGUGGAGAAGAUAAGUUCAGGAUGA